AUGAUUGCUCAUGUGUGUUACUUAAACACAUUGAGAAAACUUCCAAGGAUGCCUAUCAAAACUUGUAUUAGCAUGGUCCACUCAAAAUAUGGUAAAAUCAUAAGCAAGAGAAAGAGAUUUCUCGGGCGUAAACGUGCUUUUGAGACGAUCUUUGGAACUUGGGAAUCCUCUUUUCAGGCGUUUCCGGGGUAUAUGGCGGCUCUAAAACAUGCUAAUCCUGGCAUUGUUGUACAGUGGCGGCUUUUAGAAGGCAGAAUUUUUGACUUCGUCUUUUGGGCAUUCAAACCAAGUAUUGAUGGUUUUGCUCGCUGCUAG